GAACGGUUUCCAGAACUGAUGGGAGGGAUUGGGCAGGGCAGCUAAAUAUAGUCCAGGGGCCUGGCUUAGUCUGGGAGGGUCUUCCGCUGAGCACUGUGUGCCCAUCACGCCGAGUAUCCACUGCCAGCUGCCCCUGUGAGUCCCCGUCCUUGCUUGGAGCCUGCUGCCUGUCUCAGAUCCUUGGACACAGCCCUGACCCCGGUCCAGCUAGGCCCGACCCUGACCGGUCCUUCUUCGAGUCUCUUUUGGCCUAAGAUCUCCAACCAGACCUGUCCGCCAUGUCGGCUGCGCCCGGCCUCCUGCAUCAGGAGCUGUCCUGCCCGCUGUGCCUGCAGCUGUUCGACGCUCCCGUGACAGCUGAGUGCGGCCACAGUUUUUGUCGCGCCUGCCUGGGCCGCGUGGCCGGGGAGCCGGCUGCCGAUGGCACCGUUCUUUGCCCCUCCUGCCAGGCUCCCACGCGGCCGCAGGCACUCAGCACCAACCUGCAGCUGGCGCGCCUGGUGGAGGGGCUGGGGCAGGUGCCGCAGGGCCACUGCGAGGAGCAUCUGGACCCGCUGAGCAUCUACUGCGAGCAGGACCGAGCGCUGGUGUGCGGAGUGUGCGCCUCACUCGGCUCGCACCGCGGCCACCGCCUCCUGCCCGCCGCGGAGGCCCACGCGCGCCUCAAGACGCAGCUGCCACAGCAGAAACUGCAGCUGCAGGAGGCGUGCAUGCGCAAGGAGAAGAGCGUGGCUGUGCUGGAGCAUCAGCUGGUGGAGGUGGAGGAGACGGUGCGUCAGUUCCGGGCAGCCGUGGGGGACCAACUGGGCAAGAUGCGAUUGUUCCUGGCUGCACUGGAGGGCUCUUUGGACCGAGAGGCAGAGCGUGUGCGGGGCGAGGCAGGGGUUGCCUUGCGGCGGGAGCUGGGGAGCCUGAACUCUUACCUGGAGCAGCUGCGGCAGAUGGAGAAGGUGCUGGAGGAGGUGACCGACAAGCCGCAGACUGAGUUCCUCAUGAAAUACUGCCUGGUGACCAGCAGGCUGCAGAAGAUUCUGGCAGAGUCACCCCCACCUGCCCGUCUCGACAUCCAGCUGCCAAUCAUCUCAGAUGACUUCAAAUUCCAGGUGUGGAGGAAGAUGUUCCGGGCUCUGAUGCCAGCGCUGGAGGAGCUGACCUUUGACCCGAGCUCUGCGCACCCCAGCCUGGUGGUGUCUUCUUCCGGCCGCCGCGUGGAGUGCUCGGAGCAGAAAGCGCCGCCGGCCGGGGAGGACCCGCGCCAGUUCGACAAGGCAGUGGCGGUGGUGGCCCACCAGCGGCUCUCAGAGGGUGAACACUACUGGGAGGUGGAGGUGGGCGACAAGCCGCGCUGGGCGCUGGGUGUGAUCUCGGCCGAGGCCCCCCGCCGCGGGCGCCUGCACCCAGUGCCCUCGCAGGGCCUGUGGCUGCUGGGGCUGCGCGAGAGCAAGAUCCUGGAGGCGCACGUGGAGGCCAAGGAGCCGCGCGCGCUGCGCAGCCCCGAGAGGCGGCCCACGCGCAUCGGCCUCUACCUGAGCUUCAGCGACGGUGUCCUCUCUUUCUACGACGCCAGCGACGCGGACGCGCUCGUGCUGCUUUUUGCCUUCCACGAGCGCCUCCCCGGGCCCGUAUACCCCUUCUUCGACGUGUGCUGGCAUGACAAGGGCAAGAACGCCCAGCCGCUGCUGCUCCUGGGGCCCGAAGGCGCCGAGGCCUGACCCACUGGAUGGGUGGGGGAGGGGCGUAGGGGCCUGGGUAGGAGCUUAGGUCUCCUUGAUUGGGUCUGAAGGGAAAAGGGUGGCAGGGGGAGGAGGGCAGGUUGCCGGGGCCCAGGGGGGCUGGGAACUUGGGGGGAAUCUCCCGGAAUUCUGACAAUCAUGCGGGUUGGCGGGAGCAGUGGCUCACGCCUGUAAUCCCAGCACUUUGGGAGGUGAGAUGGUCGGAUUACCUGAGGUCAGGAGUUCAAGACCAGCCUGGCCUACACGGUGAAACCGUCUCUACAAAAAUUAGCUGGGCACAGUGGCGCACGCCUUUAAUCCUAGCUACUCAGGAGGCUGAGGCAGGAGAACUACUUGAACCCAGGAGGCGGAGAUUGUAGUGAUCGGACAUUUCGCCACUGCACUGUAGCCUGGAUGACAAGAAUGAGACUGUCUCAAAAAAAAAGCAUGGGUAUUGGCAUGGCCUGGGACGGCCUGUGAGGGGUUGGGGUGAUAUUGGGGACAAGACCCAGUGGGGUAGGGAGAUCUGGAGUCAGGCCAGUGGGCAAAUCAGAAUUUAGGAGCCAGAGGCCCUGAGAAUUCCAGGAAGAAAUUAGGGUUGAUUGAGGGAGGGACUGGGCCAGGUGUGGCAAUUGACGGGAGGCGCCUUUAGUCUCACACUCCCCUCCUUCUUAGGCCUUGGGGUCUCGGCUCCAGACUCACCUUACCCAAAGGCCUUCCCCUAGUCCUCCACCUUGGGCAGGCAUCAGAAUCACUUUUUUUUUUUUUCUGAGACAGAGUCUCGCUCUGUCACCAGGCUGAAGUGCAGUGGUAUGACCUCGGCCCACUGCAACCUCUACCUCACGGGAUCAAGCAAUUCUCCUGCCUCAGCCUCCUGAGCAGCUGGGACUACAGGUGUGAGCCACCACACCCAGCUAAUUUUUGUAUUUUUAGUAGAGAUGGGGUUUCACCAUGUUGGCCAAGAUGGUCUUGAUCUCUUGACCUUGAGAUCUGCCCUCCUUGGCCUCCCAAAGUGCCGGGAUUACAGGUGUGAACCACCACGCCCUGCCAAAAAAUGUUCAUUUCUAGCAUGUUUCCCAGGUGAUGCUGCUGGCCACUGGGACUCCUGCUGGGGGAAGCUCUGACCUGGUGCACACCCCAUUGUGUCAUUCACUCUCCGUGCAGGUUAAAGAGAGGUAUAAAUCCAAAACAUAUUCCUCCAGUCAAAGACAUGUAAGGUUUGCGCCAGGAGUGGAAGGAAAGAAACAUAAACCAAAACAAAGGCACUUACCUGCUGGGCACUCACGCCUAUAAUCCCAACACUUUGGGAGGUUGAGGCGGGAGGAUCAUUUGAGACCAGGAGUUUGAGAUCAGGCUGGGCAACAUAGCGAGACUCUGUUGCAACUAAAACCAGAAAAACAGAAAAGAAGCCCCUGGAAAACUGCUGGAGACGAUUCUAGGGGAAUCCACAACCUGAGACUUAACUUGCUUUGCCUCUGGGAUCUGUUUAUCAAGCGUCUGGAGCAUUGAGGAGUCCACCAGGUUGCCAACCAAGAGAAAGAGCCUGAUGCUAAGCUUACGCUGGGCCCUGCUGCUCGCAGGGAAGAGAAGAUGCCCCACUACAUCUCCCAGAACCAGCCGCUCCGCACUUACUUGCUGGUUCACCGCUUCUUUGGUUUUAGUGCACAGGGCAUUUCUCGGGCUCUGCAGUAACCACUGAGGCCUGAGUGAGAGUCCCUCUUUCCUGCAGGGAGAGGCCUUUGGGGAUUCAGGCAGUGGGGCCAGAGGCUCCUCCCUUUGUCUCCUGGGGCCAGUCAUUCUCAUGGGGAGGGUGUGCUGGUGGGAUGGGUGGAAGGGCCUGGGGCUGUGGCAGCUGCUACCAUGGUGGUGGUUUUCUCGGUAGAUGGUGGGUAUGGGACUAAGGGUGAAAGGGAGGUGUGAUUUGAAUAAGAAAGGCCUAAGAAUCUGGCAAGGGAAGGCGGCACACCUGGGUGUGUGUCCCAGAAGGAGGCCUGUGGAGUCCUGGCUUCUGGAGGUAGAAGAGAGGAAAUAAAACAAUAUAGUAAAUGGAUUAUUUGGAUGUAAAAUCCAACACCAUAAUAAAACCAUUAUAUUCUGACCCCUUCCUCAUUAAAUCUUCCUGAAAGACAAAUGAUCUGUUGCAAGGCCUCCUAAUUGCCCUCUAGCCUUUAAUCUUGACUCGGGUAAUGUUUCAAAAAACGCAAAUGUGGUUACGGGACUCAGUUGCUCAAAACUUUCAACUCCCUUUUGCCAGCAGGAUAAAGCCCCCAGUCUUUGGCUCAGCAUUUGAGCUGUCCUGCCUUUUUGUUUUUGAGAUGGAGUAUUGCUCUGUCACUCAGGCUGGAGUGCAGUGGUACGAUCACUCCAACCUCCACCUCCUGGGUUCAAGUGAUUCUCCUGCCUCAGCCUUCCCGAGUAGCUGAGAUUACAGGUGCCUGCCACCAUGCCCAGCUAAUUUUUGUAUUUUUAGUAAAGAUGGGGUUCCACCAUGUUGGCCAGGCUGGUUUCAAACUCCUGACCUCAAAUGAUCUGCCCGCCUCAGCCUCUCAAAGCAUUGGGAUUACAGGUGUGAGCCAUGGCGCCCAUCCCCUGCACUUCUCUUUUAGGGAUUAGGAUUUAGCUGGUUCCCUCCCACUCAUCCUUCAGGGCUCUCCCGAAACACCACCAUUUCCUGUCCUCUCUUGACCUUCUAGACCUCCAGGAAGACUCAGCUACUCUCCUCUCUGGAUCUCCCAGCACCUCGUCCACCUCCACCAUGUGUGGCCCAUGGCAUUGAAUUGUCUACACACAGGCCAUGGGUGUCUAAGGAGGGAUGGUGACAUCUGAGACCCCAAAGCCUGCUUCUGAGGAAAUGGGUACUCUGAGAAGCAGAUGCCAGCAUAGGAUUAAAUGGGCAGAGAUUUUAGGAGGGAAGAUGGGGAAGGUCAUCAGACUGUUUCAAGUCUGCCUCUGCAUGCAGGAGAGAGGGAGGGAAGGCUCUUGUGGCAUCUCCUGCAGCCAAAGCCACGGUUCAAACACUCCUGUGCCUCCUGGGACCUGCGCUGGCUUUAUUCUUCCUGCAGAGCUGAGUAAUGUAUGCGCUCUUCUGUUGGAAUUAUGUCAGGAAACUUUCUUUUGGAGCAGCCACAGGUUCUUUCUGUGUACAGUUGCAGCUUGAACUGCAUGCAUUGAGAGAAACGGCCCAUGGCUGACUAGGUGAGGUGGGCUUUAUGGGAAAUGCUGCCUAAUCCAGGUGGUGCUUGUCGGGUGGGGCUGCCUGACCAGGUAGGAUCUCCCUGGGGAUGUAGGAAGGUGAAAUAUGAAGAGAGAAGAGAGUUCCUCCCGCACUUCUGUCCUGAAGCACCAGCAUCCCCUCCAUGAGUCCCUCCCCUCUGAGGGAAUGCUGGAAACUCCCAGUAACUGGCUGCCAAGACAUUUCCUGUGCCUUCUGACAUCUUUAGGUAGCACAAUAGCAAACUUGACCCUGGCUAUGUUCAUAUAGCAAACUAAACAAAACCAUGAUAAAACUGCAGGCAAGAACAUUUAUUGUUGCUGGGAGCGGUGACUCAAUGCCUUGAAUCCCAGCACUUUGGGAGGCUGAGGUGGGUGGAUCACCUGAGGUUAGGAGUUUGAGACCAGUCUGGCCUGAGGGAAUCUGUGGGGAUUGCUCCAGUGUGAGGCCCCUGGGAAAUGGGCCUCGCCAUACGGUGAGCUUGAGCCCAGACCCAGAUCCCUGGUUGGGGGAGUCGAGCUGAGGGAAAGCACGAACCGAGAGAGGGACUAUGUUAUUCUAAAUAAUUAACAGACAUUACUUUAUGGAUAUGAGGACUUGGGAGGCAAUGUGUCCACUUUCGGCUUUUUAUGGUUUAUUGCUUGAUUGUGUUCAUUUUGGACCCUUGUUACCUUCAUUGUAAAAUAUUAACUUAAGUAUUUAUACUUGGUAACUUACUUACCGUAACUUGCUGGGUGUAACUGUAACUAACUUACUUACCAUAGCUUACAGGGCGUAACUGUAACUUACUUCCCAUAGCUUACUGGGCUUGACUGUAACUUACAUUGAUCCAUUGUUCGUAACCGUAACCGUAACCUACUUAAUGGGAUUAACUUACUUAGUGGGUGUAACUUGCUUAUUGUAACUUAAGUACGUUGAUCUGGUGUAAACAACUUUGACUUCAGAAAAGUAUAUAAGGAAACAUAUUACAAAAAUAAAAUUGCUGCUUGGACAUAGUCUAAGCCAGCCCUCCAG